AUGAGAGGAGCAGCUAUGAGUCUAACUGCAGCAGCGAGUGGAUUAGUUGUCUUCCUGCUCUCUGUGUCAGUGGUUCAGGGUCAGGAUGGCUGGGGAGUGGCUUACUCUUCUACUGAGAUCUGUGCAGUGAAAGGAUCAACAGUGGAGAUAAGAUGCAGCUACACAUACCCAUCUCCAUGGAGAGGUCGUGUUAACACAGUGGAGAAAACAUUCUGGUUCACUAAAAAGAAAGAUGGUGAACGUGUAGAUCUGACCACAGUCUCAGAGUAUGCAGGUCGUGUAGAGGAUCUCUGUGAAAAGAACAUCUGCACUCUGAGAAUCAGAAACCUGACAGAGAGCGACUCAGCUGAGUACAUGUUCAGAUGCUCCAAAGCCUCCCUCUGUGUCACUAACUACACCUGGUACAAGGAGGAUGAAAACUCUCCAAAAGCUUCAGGACAGAUCUUCACCAUCACUGACUUCAGAGCUGAACACAGUGGGAGUUAUUCCUGUGGAGCCCAGAACAAGUUAGGACGUAGCAACUCCACCUUACAUCUGAUUGUUGUGGCAGGAUCAUGGAAGCAACUACCUUUUGUAUCAAUCCCUGUAGUUCUCCUGGCUGUCAUUUCUCUCUCUGUCUUCCUGUGGAUCAGAAGAAAGAGGGCUUCCAGAGACUCGUCUGAGCCCGAAGAGAGACCGGACAACAGGGAAGAGUGUGUACCUGAUCAGCCGGAGCAGCAGGAUGACCUUCAGUAUGCCAGCGUUCACUUCUCCAACAACCGGGCAGACCCUCUUUACUCCAACAUGAGAGCAGCUCAGCCCCUCAGACACACGGAGCAACAGGAAGUCUCAGAGUACGCUGCCGUCAAGUUCAGCAGUGCUGCCCCGAGGGCUAGAGGUCAGGACUCUGAAGAGGAUCCCGCUGCAUUGUACAGCACGGUCAACAAAUCCAGAUAAACACAGCAGGCGUUGCAUUUGAAGGAUGAUACUUCAGUUUUUAUUACAAUCACAUUUCUAUGUACACAGGGUAAUGUGGAUUUAUUAAAUACAUGUCUCAGGGUGGAGCUCUCCAAGAAUGAGGCGAUGAGUUUUCAGCCUAGUUUUUAUUAAUCUGAAUGGCUCAAAUGUAAAGAUUUUGUUAAGUAUUUCACAGCUUAAUGUACUGAAUUGUUAAUAUUUCUUGUGUAACAUGAUUUUUGCCACAAAAAAAUUACAAAAUGUAGAGAUGUUGCAACAAGGGAUCUGAUCCCUAACUGCUGGCUUGAUGGAAAAUGUAGAUAUUACUAAAGAGUUAUAAUUUACUGAUAACAAACCAUUUCCAUUGUUUUGUAAGUACAUUUAUCAACUUUAUUUUAUAUGUUCUUCUUCUUGUCUAGACUGAAAUAUCAUCAACUACUUGUUUGUGUUAUUUUGUAUCCAUUCCAAAAUACAUGUUGUUUUUGAAAAGCCCAUUGGGAUAUCAGAGAGGAACAUGUGUUGCUGAUGUAGUUGCAGUUUCAUUCUGCUGCCACUAGGUGUCAGUAAAGAGCCGUAUUUCACUGAUGGAAAACCAUUACCAGCCUGUAAAGCACAUUUAUCUUUGGUGUGUGUACGGCCUUAAUGUUCACACAUUCUUAUUCUGACAUCUUUUUAUAUAAAUAUAAAAGUUCCAUUAUCACCAAUUAAAAUAGUUAAUUUCUUUGUUACUCUUUAAGUUCAUAACCAUCACAACUUGUUGCAUUUAUCUCUUUUGCUUUGUUGUUACACCUGUUAUUCUGACCCUAGUCUUUUGCUCUGUACUUCAUGUGUUUACCUUUCUCUCGUUCUGUUCUGUUCUGGUUUGAGUUCAUCAAUAAAGGUUGAAAUGUU